AUGAAGAAGUCAAUUGAUUAUAUAAAUAUGUUUUUCAUAAAUUCUAUUCAUUCGUUAAUUUUGCUGAUAUUUAUGUGUAUUUUUUUUUUUUUAUUGGAUGGAGUAAACACAUUUGAAUUUAUAAGUAUUCAAGAAAGAAUAACCCAAAUUAUAUGGUGCUCUUUUUUUGUUUUACAAAUAGGACUAUUAAAAAUAGCAGAAGUUUUUUCAAACAAUUCAAAUAAAAAACAAAUUGUUUAUAUUAAUUAUAUGCUAGUUGCAUGCGUAUUUUUGGCACCAUUAUCAUCAUCACUUUUAUUUACUUCUGCUUUAUCAUGGAUAAAAGCUAUUUAUUUUAUAUACUCCUUAGGAUUAAUAACCUCUAUUAGAAUAAGAGAAUUAUUUCUUAUUUGUUUAAUUACCUUUUCUUCUGGAUGUAUACGUUUUUAUUAUAGUUUCACUGAUUCUACUGUUGUUUUUUGUUUCAUUACACUAUUAGCAGUGCAUCUUUUUAUACCUAUUAUAUCCCAUAUUGUAUUAUUUUUUUUGGCUAAACAAAUAGCUUAUAUUAAGCAAAAUCCAUUACGAGCUUUUGACAAUAUUGAAUCAUAUUUUCAUGAGUUAGAGAAGCGAGCCAUUUUGAUAAGAAAUAAUUUGAUAUACUGCCAGCAGAAUAAUAUCAGUGUAGACAUAUUAGGAAACAAUUUAUUUGAAUAUGAAGUAAAUGAUGGAGUAAAAAAAAUAAAGACAGUAAACAAAGUCGGAUUAUAUUCAUAUGAAUCUGAAUAUAGUUUAAAUAAAAUUCAGUGCGAAACACCUUUUGAUGUUAGUGAUGUAAAUUAUUCAAGUUUUAAUUCAUUUAAUAUCGAAAUCGAAAAAGACAUUUUCCAAAAUGAAGAUAGAUCUAUGAAUACAAAAAAAAAUAAAAGGUUAUCAAACACGAGGCCGUCCAGUAUAUUUAUGGAUAAAUUUAUUAAUAAUGCAGUAAAUAUUAAUAGAAAAAUAGAAUAUAGUGCCGAAAAUGAUAAAAUAAGAACUAAUGAUAAAAAAAACUCAAAAAGUAAUGAACAGGAAAUUGACAAGAAGGAAAACAAAAACUGGAAUCACGAAUGUGCAAUGGAUAAAACUGAUGAUAGAAAAUACUCAUUUCUAAAUAAACAUGGAUCUGAGAAAAGUAAUGGUUCUAUUGGAAAAAAUAAAAAAGAACUGAGUAACAAUAAAUUAUGCAAUAUGAAUGAAUUAGAAACUCAUCAGAUAAAUAAAAAUAUAGAAAAAAUAAAUACCACAAAGUAUGAUAUAUAUAAUAAUACAGUUGUACAUAAAAAUUUUUCUCUUUUACGUAAUGGUCUAGUAAAGUUUAACAGAAAAAGAAAUAUAUUACUUUCAGAGGAAUUAAAAAAAAAAAUAAAUUAUAUUUAUUUUGAUAAAAAUGGGAAUAUAAAACAGUCUAAAAUAAUACCCUUAUAUGUUUUAGAAAGACACAAUUUGAAUGAUAUUUCAAAAUACUUAAAAAGCGAAAAAUCAAAAAAUAAUGGGGAAAACAAUUAUUAUUAUCAAUUAUUUAAGAUUCUCAAUGAAAACAAAAAAUUAUUUACAAAUUCUAAAGGUAAACAAUAUACGAACUUAAAUUUACUAAGUAAUAUAAAAAGUGUUGAAAGUAGCCAAGCCAUGAAUAUCGAUAUAGAAAACAACCACUAUAAUAAGAAUCGGAAACAAUAUUCAGGGAUAAAAGAAAAGGGUAAUAAUAAUUCAAAAGUAAUAAAUAAUUUUAACUCAGAUUUGAUGAGAACACUUGAAAAAAGAAAAUCAUCUAACUAUAAAUUGAAGACAACUUCAAAAGGUGGGAGUAUUGAAUAUAAUAAGGGUAGCUACUAUAAUGAUCAGAAUAGUAAUGCGAAUAUUGGGUCCAAACAAAUUAUGAAAGAAAAUCAAAAAAGUACGAGAGUGUUUUAUCUUAUCAAUCAUGGUGAAACAGAAGAAAAAAACGAAAAUGAAUAUGAAUGCUCUGAUUUUAUAGAAGGGAAAAAAAAUAUAAAUAAAUUUCACUGUCUUUUAUCUAAUAAUGUUGAGAAUAAUUUUUUGGUGAAAAAUAAUCAUAAAUUUUAUAUAAAUAAAUCAUACUCAAAAAAAAAUGCAUUAUAUUCAGAAGAAUCGAGUUACUAUGCAUCUUCGUGUAACUAUGGUUUUUUUGUUGACGAUGCAAUAGAUAAUUCAAUUGAAGAAGAGCAUAUAGAAAGUGAUGAAAAUAGCAAAACCGAAGAAAAUAGUUCCAGCAGUUUGAAUACAAGUCCAACUAUUAAAACAUGUUGUAGGGGGAAAAAGUGGAUUUUAAGGGGAGAGAGAAAAAAAAAAAAUCGUAAAAAUUUUGAAAAUAAAAUUUAUGAACAAAUGGGCCAUGAAAACAAUGAAAUUAAUCCAAUUACACAAGAAGGGGAUGAUAAUGUGAACAUAAAGAAUGAAAAAAUGGGUAGAAAUGUGAGCAAAUGCUGGAUUCAAAAAAAGGAAAAAAGUUUCUAUUUUGGUGAACACUCAAAAAGCAGUAAUUUUUUUAAUGAAGAUGUAAAUAAAGAUAAUAUUGAAGUUAGCGAAAAAAAUGAUGAGAGUUUGGUGAAUCAUGAUGAAGAUGUAUUUUAUAAAAACUCAAAAGAGAGUGAGGAAAUGAGUAAGAAGGAAGUCAAGCAUUGCCGAGAUAAAUUAUCGUCGAAUACAUGGGGAAGAUGUUUAAGUAAAAAUGAUAAAAAUAAAAAAAUAGAUAUGCAAUCAAAAUGUUAUCAGACAUUACUUAGCAAACGCACUGAAUCAUAUAUAUUAACUAAAAAAAAACAUUUUUUCAAAUUUUAUGAUUUUAUAUCUCUAGAUUAUAUGAAAAAUCCAGAUAAUGUUGUAGGGAGUAAGAAUAAGAAUAUUUUUGAUUAUAUAAAAAUGUUUUUUUUAUCUUUAAAAUGCAUUAGUCAUAUUUUUGAAAAAAUCAAAUUAUAUUAUGAUAAAAAUGGAACUAAGAAAAAAUACUGGGAAAACUAUAACGACAUUUUUUAUAAAUCAGAAUGGAAAUAUAAUAUGCAAGACAAUGAAUUAGAAUAUAUUUUAAAUUACAAGAAUUUUAAAAGUUGGUAUGAUUAUUGGGUUAAAAAUAUUUUAUUUAAUUAUUUUAAAAGAACUCGGUUAUUAAUUUUAAUCCUGUUAAUAUUAAAUGUAUUAAUAGUUUAUUUACAAAUGCAUAUAUUUUACUUUCUAUUCAAAAAUGAGAAAAUUAAUGAUAAUGCUGAUUUUAAUAUAUUAAAUAGAAUCGACGCAUUUAUUCGAUUUUAUAAUGAAAAAAUGUUUGGAUUAAAAACUCAAAUGAAUAUAGGGAUUAUAGAAAAUAUAGACAGUAUUGUCAACGAUAAUAUUUUUAAAAAGUAUACAUACAUAAGAAUACCAAUUCAGCUUGGUAUUAAUAUAUUACUUGUUAUUCCAUCCUUUAUAAUAAAAAAUAGUAGAAGUAUAAAAAUAUUACACAUAUGUUCAAUUUUAAAUUGUUUAGUUAAUAUAUUUUUUGGGAUGGUGGAUAUAACUUAUUCGUUAAAUAACAAAAUAUAUGAUACCCAACAAAUAUAUAAGAUAUUAAAUCAUUUUAAUGUUUUUGACAUAUAUUUAAUUGGGAAAUUGAUAACCAGUAUAUUUAUAAUUCCAUUUAUUACAAACUUUAGUGAAGCCCAAACUCGCUCAUUGGUUUAUUUUAGUUGUUUUUCGUAUAUAUCUACUUUUUAUUAUUCCUUUAGCCCGCUCUCAUUUUCAAUCAAGCUAAUGUUCAUAACAAAUUUUAUUCUCCUAAUUGCAAUUUCCAUGAUAACAAUUUAUUUUACUAGAUUGGUAGCUAAAUCUCGGAAAAUGCUGUUCGUUAAAUAUGUGCUGCCCUAUUUCAUUUAUUUGACAUUUUUAAGCACAAGUAUGAAUGUUCACAGGGAAAUUCAAGAGGGAAAAAGAGAACAAACCUAA